AUCAUCAUCAUCACCUCAUCCUCCUCUUCCUCUGCAGCUGAAACGGAGGCUGAGACCUGGACCUGGACCCAGAGUGUGUGGAUGUGGACCAGCUGCUGGACCGGACCAUGAUGAUGAUGAAUAAGAUGAUGAAGAUGAUGAUGAUGCUGAUGAUGAUGAAGAUGAUGAUGAUGAAGAUGUGGUUCUGAAUGGAUGUGAGCGGACCAGAGAGCCUCCAGUGUGAUGCAGCUGUGUGAUGGGAGAGGCAGCCGAGCAGGAUGGGCAACAAGCAGACAACCUUCACCGACGAGCAGCUGGAGGCGUUUCAGGACUGCACCUUCUUCACCAGGAAAGAGAUCCUGCGGUUACACGGCAGAUAUCGUGAGCUGGCGCCUCAUUUAGUGCCGCUGGAUUACACCAACAGCCCCGACAUCAAGGUUCCUCAGAGCCUCAUCGUCACCAUGCCGGAGCUGAAGGAGAACCCGUUCAGAGACAGAAUCGUGGAGACGUUCUCCGAGGACGGACGGGGGAACCUCAGCUUCAACGACUUCGUCGACCUGUUUUCUGCACUUUGUGAAACUUCACCCAGAGAGCUCAAGACCAUCUACGCCUUCAAGAUCUACGACUUUAACAGGGACAGCUUCAUCUGUAAGGAGGACCUGAGGAAGACCCUGAACAAGCUGACCAAAGGAGAGCUGACCCCCGAGGAGGUCACGCUGGUCUGCGACAAAUCCAUCGAGGAGGCCGACCUCGACGGCGACAGCAAGCUCUCCUUCUCCGACUUCGAGAACAUGGUCUCCAAGGCGCCCGACUUCCUGAGUAACUUCCACGUACGAAUAUGAGAUCCUGCAGAGGACAGACGUCUCACUCCGACUCCGCUUCCCGAUCCUGCCGGUCUUCACCCUCCCACCCGGACCUCAGACCCACCUCGACUCAGUGCCUGUCCUUUCUACCACCGGCGGAGGAGAGUCUUCUUCUUCUUCUUCUUCUUCUUCUCCAGCAGAACCUGAGACCCGACCCGAGUCUGGUCUGGACUCACCGAAACGAAGCACAGGCGUUUUCUGCCAACUUAGCAUCUCAAAGACAAAGAGUUGUUACUGCAUGAACUCUUCCUCUGUAGCGAGUUAUAAACAGACGAGGAGCGACAAACCAAGACGGGGCUAAUUUUAUACCAAGAGAGCGUCUCUGCAGCAGCUGUGAUGUCUCCGCCGGACACUUUUGGAGACGCUGCAGAGGACACAGGGCUUUUCUGACUUCAGUGCUUUGCAGGAAGGCCUCAUCCAACCGACUGGGAUCUUUAAAAACAAAGCACAGUUUAAAGGGCAAAACAGUGAAGAGCUAUGCAAUCUUUCUCCAUGACGUGCAUGUUGUAAAUUGCUUCUAGCUGUGGUUGGUUUGUUCUCCUGGUAUCGUGACACGUUCUGGUGCAUAAUGACAAUCAUAGUAAACUGUAGUUCAGUUGAUGGAAGGGCUCUCUGUCAUCUCACCUGAUCUAACCUCUCUCCUGCCGAUAGAACAGCUUUCAGUCGUUUUUCUGGCUAGAAUCAAAAUAAAAGAUUCUCCUGUUGCUGCU